GCCAGGGAAUGCCAGGGGGAAAGGGAUUUUCUGAUAUUCAGAAGACUCAGAGACUGUCAGUUUAAAAAAUGAAAGUAAUAUAGAAGGGGCAAAGUGGCAUUUAUCAUUCUAUCUCUCCAGGCUCCUGUCUCUUUAAUCAGCUAGCCUGAUUUGCCCAGUAAAUGAUUCCUGAGAGAGAGCGUGUGUGUGUGUGUGUGUGCCCGCGCGCGUGUGUUGUAGCUCUGUCAAUCCUUGGAUUAGAACCAAUGAUUGCAGCUUGUAGGAGGGCUGUCCAGGGCCAGAUUGUACAAUGUGUCUCAGUGCCAGAGUAUGAGUGGAGAUAAUUACGGAGAAGUCAUACUCUCUCACACCCUCGGUUUUCUUGUUGUGUCCUUCAGCAAAACAGUGGAUUUAAAUCUCCUUGCACAAGCUUGAGAGCAACACAGUCUAUCAGGAAAGAAAGAAAAAAACCGAACCUGACAAAAAAGAAGAAAAAGAAGAAGAAAAAAAAUCAUGAAAACCAUCCAGCCAAAAAUGCACAAUUCUAUCUCUUGGGCAGUCUUCACGGGGCUGGCUGCUCUGUGUCUCUUCCAAGGUAAGUGACAUUUCAUUCUGCUCAUCCCCAAGGCAAAGUUGGAUGUUUUUAAAGUGGAAAAAAAAAUGAGCGGAAAAAGAAACGGGGAAGGUGGGAAGAGGUGGAAGUGGAAGGGCACAGGAGUGCCCGUGCGCAGCGGAGAUGCCACCUUCCCCAAAGCUAUGGACAACGUGACGGUCCGGCAGGGGGAGAGCGCCACCCUCAGGUGCACUAUUGACAACCGGGUCACCCGGGUGGCCUGGCUGAACCGCAGCACCAUCCUCUAUGCUGGGAAUGACAAGUGGUGCCUGGAUCCGCGCGUGGUCCUCCUGAGCAACACCCAAACGCAGUACAGCAUCGAGAUCCAGAACGUGGAUGUGUAUGACGAGGGCCCGUACACCUGCUCGGUGCAGACAGACAACCACCCAAAGACCUCUAGGGUCCACCUCAUUGUGCAAGUAUCUCCCAAAAUUGUAGAGAUUUCUUCAGAUAUCUCCAUUAAUGAAGGAAACAAUAUCAGCCUCACCUGCAUAGCAACGGGUAGACCAGAGCCUACAGUUACUUGGAGACACAUCUCCCCCAAAGCGGUUGGCUUUGUGAGUGAAGACGAAUACCUGGAAAUUCAGGGCAUCACCCGGGAGCAGUCAGGGGACUACGAGUGCAGCGCCUCCAAUGACGUGGCCGCGCCCGUGGUACGGAGAGUAAAGGUCACGGUGAACUAUCCACCAUACAUUUCAGAAGCCAAGGGUACGGGUGUCCCCGUGGGACAAAAGGGGACACUGCAGUGUGAAGCCUCAGCAGUCCCCUCAGCAGAAUUCCAGUGGUACAAGGAUGACAAAAGACUGAUUGAAGGAAAGAAAGGAGUGAAAGUGGAAAACAGACCUUUCCUCUCAAAACUCAUCUUCUUCAAUGUCUCUGAACAUGACUAUGGGAAUUACACUUGCGUGGCCUCCAACAAGCUGGGCCACACCAAUGCCAGCAUCAUGCUAUUUGAACUAAAUGAGCCUACGAGCUCAACUUUGUUGCAAGAAGUGAAAACUACAGCCCUGACCCCUUGGAAAGGCCCGGGCGCUGUCAGCGAGGUGAGCAACGGCACGUCGAGGAGGGCAGGCUGCGUCUGGCUGCUGCCUCUUCUGGUCUUGCACCUGCUCCUCAAAUUUUGAUGUGAGUGCCACUUCCCCACCCGGGAAAGGCUGCCGCCACCACCACCAACACAACAGCACUGGCAACACCGACAGCAACCAAUCAGAUAGUUACAAAUGAAAUUAGAAGAAACACAGCCUCAUGGGACAGAAAUUUGAGGGAGGGGAACAAAGAAUACUUUGGGGGGAAAAAGUUUUCAGAAAGAAAUUGAAAAUUGCCUUGCAGAUAUUUAGGUACAACGGAGUUUUCUUUCUUUUCCCAAACGGGAAGAACGCAGCACACCCGGCUUGGACCCACUGCAAGCUGCCUCGUGUGACCUCUCUGGUGCCAGUGUGGGCGAGGGCUCAGUCGCUUUGCCCACAGAGUGCCCCCACGUGGAACAUUCUGGAGCUGGCCAUCCCAAAUUCAAUCUGUCCAUAGAGACGAACAGAGUGAGACCUUCCGGCCCAAGCGUGGCGCUGGGGCACUUUGGUAGACUGUGCCACCACGGUGUGUGUUGUGAAACGUGAAAUAAAAAGACAGAGAAAGAAAGAAAAAGGAAACAAGACCGUCCGACAGCAACAACAAUCCCACAAACAACAGUCACAAAAGAUACCGUUAAACUUUUUUUUUUUUUUUUAAUCAUUUUACUACAUGGACAUCAUGGAUAACAAGGGAUUCUGAUUCAUUAUUAAUUUUAUUAAUUAUAUUUUCUGAUAUGAGUCUAGAACUUAGUGCAAAAACAAGACAAAACUAAAAAAAUACAACUGAAAAGGGUGAAGAGAAGUAUGUUUGUUAAACAGUAAAAAUGAAUAGUAUACUUCUAAACUAGGUUUACAACUGGUGGACCAGACACCAGGCACUAAUCGCCUGGUGAGGAUUUGGCAUAUCCACCAAAAAAUACAUCCGAUUUAACCAACAUCUCCACCAGCGCUACAGAUUCCUCCCGACUGUGGCAUCUCAUGCAGACAAUACUAUGCUCUCUACACACUGUUUAGAAAUGGAAAGGUGAUCUGCACUGUAUCUUGCGUUUGUUGGCUAUGCUUCUUUUGAUGACAUAUAUUAUACAGUAUAUAUAUACAUAUAUUUUUUUUGUUAGAGUUCUAGCCAUUUUAUUUCUCCGCAGGGUCCUUUCUCAGACAUUACUGCAUGCUGUAUAUGGCGUUAGCUGUGUGUUGAUCUUCUAAAAGAUGAUAGAGUUUACUGGUAAUUGUGUAAUCAGCUCCUGCCUUUUUAUUUUCUUGGGUUAUUUACAUGUCAGAGACAUUUAUAAAAAGUGAAAAGAUAAAAAAAAAUCCGACUAAUACCAGGCGCAGCAUCUUUCCAGGUGUGGCUCUGCGCGUCGGCCACCCCAGGUGGCCCCGCUUUCUCCAUCCUGCUCUGUGGCAUUAACAGACAGCAAGCAACUGAACAAGCAGAACCGUCAGUACCCACUUGCUUUAGCCCAUUAUGGGAAUCUCUGAUGCCUUUGUGACCACUGGAGAGUUUAAUCCUCUUGGUUUAUUUUAUUUAAUUUCCCACCUUUGUGUGAGUGUGUAUGAAAGAGAAGAAAAUGCAAUUUUUAGGUAAUCUUUUUUUUCCCUCCCCUGAAAGUCUGGGAACCAGAGAGUCCUCGGGGAGGGGUCCUGGAUGUGAUGAGGGAAAGUGGGAUUGGGGGAUCCGGGAGGGUGGGGUUGUCUCUGACUUGACAUUAAAAAGUGUUCCAUGUCCCUCUUCA